GUAGUGGGGUAGUGCCAGGUGCCAUACUGCCAUUCCAAUUUGUACACGUUGGUGUUUUGUAUUGUUGUUUGUUGUCGGUUUUAUUAGGACACUGAAUUAUAAUAAUUUUACCCGCUGUAUAGUACCUGAGUUAUGUUUAACGUUGUUUAUAAUUAAAAUUAAUUUAAUUGUUAUCUUUUAAGUAGUCAUAGCUUGUAUGUAUAGUUUGGUGCAGUAAAUAAAUAAAUAGAAAGUUUAGGUUAUAAAAACAAGAUUUAAAAUGCAUUCAUUUAUAAGUAGAGCAAAUGCAAUUCUAGCAUACACAUUGACUGUUUUGGCGUUUUUGACAUUUGUGUGUUUCAUAUCGACUCUGUUUAUUGACUACAGAACAACAGCUACAAUGGAAGCAGUCAAAGUGGUAGUUAAAAACGUUCCAGACUAUGCUGCAUCGAGAGAGAAAAAUGAUCUGGGUUAUUUGACUUUUAAUCUGAAGACUGAUCUGAGCCAUCUGUUCAACUGGAAUGUGAAGCAGUUGUUUCUUUACCUGACAGCUGAGUAUACCACUCCUAAUAAUGUUCUAAAUCAGGUUGUUUUAUGGGAUAAAAUCAUAUUGAGAGGAGAAAACGCAGUUCUUGACUUCAAAAAUAUGAACACAAAAUAUUACUUCUGGGAUGAUGGUAAUGGUCUCAGAGGCAACUCCAAUGUGACUCUGACUUUGUCUUGGAAACAUCAUCCCCAACGCUGGCCUUCUCCCCAGCAUCUUUGCUCUUGGACAUCAUGCCAUCCAGUUCCCUAAUGAGUACACUAAGGCUAGGGUAUAAUCACAAAUGCCUAGAUUGAAAAAAUCCAUUCACUUGUUUUUGGUUAACUUAUGUUUUUUACUACGUUGGUUGUGAGUGCGUGUCAGUACUUAUUUAUGUGUGAUUGAAGGUUGGGUUUUUGUUGAUAACACAUGACAAGGAUAUUGUUAUAUAAUCACUUAAAUUACUUUUUAAUACCAGAAAAUAAGUGUAUAAUGUGCAUUUUGUUUAGGAAUUAAUUUUGUUCUUUUUUGAGUUAUUUAUCAUUAAUCUAAAGACAUUGAUUAAACUUCCAAGAUAGUUCAAAACUAAUUUAAAUUUAUUGAAGUGAAUUCUGAAAGUAAUGGUAAUAAAUACUUUUUAAUUGUAAUUGUA